AUGAAUCGGUCGAUAUUUGUGGUGUUUCUUUUGGUACUUGUUGCAGCUGACUUGAGGUAGGUUGUCUUGUUGUGAUUUUGUUAUUGUCAAUGAAUCGUUUAUUUGUCGAGUCUCCGGCUUCGGCAAUAUUUGAGUCGAGUCAAUUUUCAUUAUUUGGCCGCAUUAAUCUCUUCUUAGGUCUCUUCUCAAUUCUACAAAGCGUUCUCUUGCUGUGUUCCCGAGCAAUCUUUAAUUAAGCUCAGAUGAAACACCAAUAUAUAGAACUUAAUUUUUUCAUAGUAUUAAUAGAAAUUAGGUGGGGUUUUAGUUGUUGAAUGCCGCAUGUAUCGUGUCUCAUAGAAGCUGGAAGAAAAGAAGUCGUAUUUUUUAUAGUUCUGCAUGGAGACGAAGACGUAUGGGUAUGCUGAACAACGAUGCAAAAAUCCCGAAGGAGAUGAAGCUUCAAAGAGAACCAGAGCCAGUACAGAGUACACAGUAAGUUGAACUGUAAAUCCUCAUGACAAAAAAACAGCCUUAAAUUUUACACUCUCAAUUGCAGCGAAGUAAGAUAAGAGAGGACGGCUGUAAUGCACUUUCGUUAAAGAAUACUGAAUAAGACAAUCUACGAUACCUUUAUGCAAAACGGACAAGCUCAAAAGCUCCUUCAUACAUAUUAUGGCAUGCAGCGGCAUAGUUCUUAAGACUUUUUUAAACUUUCAAUAUUAAUAGUUGUAAAUCAUGUUAGUAUUUCAGUAUCCUGAUUUUAUAAAUUUAUAUGUAAAACCUUGAUCGAAUUCAGCUUUUAAGCCUGUAAUACUAAGGCUGUAAUUUUAAUAACUGAACCAUCUAUCUAUCUCAUCUCUUUGACACUCAUAUAUUUAAAUUAAAAAGGCGUGUAUUUCUAGACAAUAUGCAAUAGAUCAGCAAUCUGCGAACGGGCAUACUCUGGGACUGGGUACGAGAUUGCAGGAUGAGUGGAAUUGCGCAUAGCAGCACGCAGACCGCAUAGAUUUGACACCAGUGCUUUCAGUCACGAAACUGAUUCUCUUUCCUGACCUUCAAAUCAUGUCAACCAUAAGACGUCACGUGAAGAGGCUUUAUACCUGAUCAAACUCAUCUUCAUUAGUAUUUUUUAUAUAAAAGUCCAUCCUGAUUAGUAUUCUUUAUAGAAAGCUAUUCAUUAAUUCAAAACAUUUGUAGUCGUGUUUUAUCAUAUCCUAAAAUGCUUGUGCUGUGCACUCGCAUUUUCAAUAUGUGAUAAAACACUCCUAGCCUACGCGUGUUUUAAGUACUAUAGUUAAAACGCGGGCAGCAGUGUUUUAUCAGAUAUAAAGAUACGAGGCGAAGCCGACUAGCCGAGUACCAGUUGUUUCCCGCAGUUCGUUCAUUAAAUGGGAACACAAUGCAUUGUGGGAAGCAACUGGGGGAUUUACUAACCCUCGAUUUUUAUGAGGCGUAUUCACCUCCGAGGUUUACCAGAACAGUAUAGAUUUUCAAUCAGAACAGUAAAUUUUUACUAAGUUUGGGCAGGUGCCUUGCAUGGUUCUUCGAGUCCCGUUUGCGCCUCGCCCAUUUAGGGUCUCCGAAUAAUCGAUUUUAUAAUUAGACUUUGUACAUAUACUGUAGUGGACCCUAAUAAAGACAAUAAUAAUAAUAAUAAUAAUAAUCUUCAGGUCAAAUAAAACACGCCACUGCGAAUGUUUAAAAUUGCUUCAAAAACGAUCGAUCUAGUAAGUUCAUUGGCGAAGUAAUUUUCAAAAAAUACAUUGUGUAAGUCGAGAAAAUCAAAGUUAGUUAAUUUAAAUCAUGGGAAUCUCUAUCACAUGUAAAGAUACGACACGCUUAUGAUUUUUCUUUGUGUUUUCCUCAUGAAUUAUUAUGGUUUUUGAAAUAGUACCUGAAAGACCGUUUGAAUGAACUUUAUAUUGUUCAUGGGCGUACGGGAAGGAAAAAAUUAGGGGGGCGGAAAGAAAUUUGCUCGACUUUUUCGGAUUGUGCCCGAGUUGUCAAAAAAAUUUUCCGGAGAAACUUUCCAAAAUUGUUGUCGACGGGGGGGGGGGAGGAGUGAUUACGAUAAAUUCCUAUUAGAUAGCAUAUUUCCCACAUAAUUGACAGAAUUUGUCCCAUUUAUUUUAUAAUAAGCCAAUAUUACUCAACUGUGAAGCGAAUAUUGCCGACUGGCUUUGUUUGCCCAACAAACUCGGGGGCUGCCCCUCCCGCCCGGUACGCCCAUGAUACUGUUACCGGAAUCAAACUAAGCUAUAAUUCAACUUUGAAAUGCCAUUUUUAUAUAUGUCUAUCAAAGCCGUGAUAAAAGCAGUUUAUGAAACAAAUCAUCGCGGUUAACCCUGCCGAGGCCAGCUCCAUAUGAACAGCUCCUCAGAAGGCCCAAUAACUAACGUAUUCAUAUAUGAUAUUCGUAAUUCAUACACUGUAUAUUUCAGCUUAGAGAAAGAGGCACGUGCAAUGUACCGCAUGAUGACGAACGAAGAUAGGAUGAACAACGACCUACACCGUCCAGAUAGCUUUGUUGAAGAUGACAAUGAACUUUAA